CCAGCUCUCUCUCUCCCCCAUGCAGCGCUCCUUGAUCCUUCAGUAAUAAGCCCAUUUCCCCGGAGAUGAGCCAACACCUUGUCUACCUAUUCGAUUCGACCAUGCUAUAGUUCUUGAGUCACUCCUGUCCAGCAUGCAUCUUCUGUCUAUCCUCCUUAGGGCGGUCUCCGUCUUUCUGAUCCUUUGCGCCUCAUCGCCCGUCUCUGCAGAACAUACUUCGAACUGGGCUGUCCUUGUUUCGACAUCCCGAUUUUGGUUCAAUUAUCGCCAUCUCGCCAAUGUCCUCUCCUUGUACCGCACCGUUAAGCGUCUGGGAAUUCCCGAUUCCCAGAUCAUCCUAAUGUUGCCCGAUGACAUGGCCUGUAACCCUCGCAACGCCUUCCCGGGCACUGUAUACAGCAAUGCAGACCGUGCGGUUGAUCUUUACGGCGAUAAUAUCGAGGUGGACUAUCGCGGUUACGAGGUGACCGUGGAGAAUUUUAUUCGCCUUCUAACCGAUAGACUAGAUGAGGAUGUGCCGCGCAGCAAGCGUCUAGGGUCUGACGCAGGAAGUAAUGUGCUUGUGUACAUGACGGGCCACGGAGGUGACCAAUUUCUGAAGUUCCAAGACUCCGAGGAGAUCGGCGCGUGGGAUUUGGCAGAUGCCUUUGGACAGAUGUGGGAGAAGAAACGUUAUCACGAAUUAUUAUUCAUGAUCGAUACCUGCCAAGCCAACACUAUGUACACUCAUUUCUAUUCUCCAAACAUCAUCGCAACAGGCUCUAGCGCUCUUGACCAAUCCUCUUAUUCCCAUCACGCGGAUAGUGACGUCGGGGUCGCGGUUAUUGACCGCUGGACGUACUACGUCCUCGAGUUCCUCGAAACACAGGUUACCAACGCCAACUCGAAGUUGACGUUGGGGGAUUUGUUCGACUCAUAUGACGAGUCUAAAAUCCACUCCCAGCCAGGCGUGCGAUGGGACCUGUUUCCCGGCGGUGAGCGAGAGGGCCGCCUACGCAAGGUGGUUGACUUCUUCGGGAAUGCGCAGAACGUGGAAGUCGAAAACGCAAAUUCGACGGAGCCGGGAUCUUUGAAAGAAGACCUUGAGGAGAUUGCUCGGUUGGCAGAGAAAUGGCGCCAACGUGAUCAGACAUACCGCUCUAUUCUUCAGAGUCAAUCUAGUAAGGACGGUAACGCUUCAGUUACCAGCUCGGAUUCAUCGCUGCCGCAGUCAUCGUACUUUUUGCGAAGGAAAAAUGCCGGGGCUACGAAGAUGACCGAUGAAAGCAACUGGGAAAAGCGUCUCGUUGGCGUCUCCGUUUUGGCCACAUUUGCUGCUGUUUGGCUAACAGGCUCCAUAAUCGGCAAAUCUGCUUGAUCCCCCACCCCAGUCUCUCGCUCAGAAUGGUUUAUAGAGAUCGGGAGCCUUUUCUCGUUCGCGUCUUAAGAUGUUACACCUCGAUUUUCCUGUAUAUAAAUCUGUCGAACGUCCCGUUUUUUGGUUUUUUUUUUGGUUUUUUAUGUUUUUCAGGUUUGGUUUUCGUGAUCCCAGUGGAUCGCCUGAAGCACAGUCUACUGCAUUAUAGGGCGCUAUUGGAGUAGGGCCUGAGAUGGCGUAUUCGGCGUUACUUAUUCUGAUUCAUGGCAUUGAUAGCUCAUUAGCAAGCAAAUCCUCAUAAACUUAAAUGUGACAGUUCUUUUCUACGAG